UGAACUUUUUUGCCCAUAAACCGCUAUCACAAUGUUCGCUCCAGGCCAGGAACAGCUCUCCAAGGAGGAGAUCAGAGCCGGUGAGGUCCAGGCUAACCAGACCAUCCGCAUGGCUGUCUCCGGUGGUAUCCUGCUUUACCUUUCUCCCUUCGCCAUUGACUUCGUCAAGAAGUUCCUGUAAUCGCGUGUCGACUACUUUUGUUUUCCACUUUACAACACACAAUGCAUACAAGGGAUAUGAAGGAAGGGCAUCGCAUAAUGUAUUAUAUUGUACAUCUCGAGUUGCAGAAAUGAAUAUGAAUCUCAAAUGACCAGCUGUC